AUGGCCGACGCAGCCUCAAACGGCGCUCUACGGCCCCUCCUUCCCCGGCCACCACCGGACCAAUCUCCCGCCCCUCCACCACCCCAAUCGCCGUCUACUCCACAAAAGAAGAAUGUGAUCGCCGCCUGUGAUCUCUGUAGGAAACGUCGAGUCAAGUGUAAUGGAGAACGUCCCUCUUGUCACGAGUGCACCGCUCGCCAGAGAGAAUGCGUCUACAGCACCCAGCCAGCUGAGACGAGGGUGACGGCCUUGAAGAGAAAGCAUGGACAGCUCGAAAGCGAGCUUGAGCGAUUGCGGAACUCUCACCUUGCUUUAUCCGAGGUCGUUGAAGCCAUGAAGACAUCCAACAGGACUGACGCAUUAGCCAUUUUGCAACGUAUUCGGGACGGUGUCGAUAUCGAAGCCGUCGCGCGCUCCAUCAGUAUCGGGGAUAUCCUGCUCCAGUUGCGUGUGGCCCCGGAGACGAGGUAUCGCUAUGUGUUCCCAUACCGAACAGACAUGCCGCUGUCGAUUCGGAAGCGGUCAGACGUCCCCUACAUGCGCUCGGCGGUGUACGAGGUCAUGUCUGUGACCGCAGGUCCCAAUGCCGAGCCGCAAGAAACCCACUUUGGCAUGGAUGACCAUGCCACGCCGCAGUUUUAUAAACCAUACCACGCAAGCGCCAUCGAAGACCCGAGACUCGAUGCCGUGAAGCCAUCCAUGUGGACAACGAUCAGCGAUGAUGACGACCUCAUGAGGACUCUGCUACGCCUAUACUUCCUCCACGAGUAUCACUGGCUAUCCUGCUUCUGCAAAGAUCAUUUCCUUGACGACAUGCUUUCUGGUAAAAAACACUUUUGCUCUUCACUCCUCGUCAAUGUCAUCCUCGCCCAGGCAUGUCACUGUCACUUAGCCAUGAAGGAUCGAUGGGAGCACUGGAAUCCCACCAACUUGGGCUACAAGUUCUUCUCUGAAGCCAGGAGACUUUGGGAAAUAUCAGUGAACGAAAAGGCUUCUAUCACGGUUGUUCAAGCUGCCAUGGUUUUUAACAUGAUUCUAAACGUUCAUUCAAUGGACCAGAUUGGAUUUGCGUAUAUCUCUCACGCAGUGUCUAUGGCGCAUGAUCUCAACAUCUUCGCCCCGGCCUCGGCCAUCAAGGGAAGCCGUAAGCAGCACUGCUAUGCCAUCACAGCGUGGAAUCUCUAUUGGUGGACGAGCUUGCAAUCUUAUCAUUUCCUCGUGGCACCCCUGAUUAAAGAACCCCCUCAAACACCGCUGCCCGACCCUGACCAGUAUCCCGAAUGGUAUGGUGAGACAUUUCUUCGGUACCCGUUGAGUCGAACCCUGGUUCCCAUGCACUUUGGCCACCUGGCCAACUCCAAGUUUCGACUCGCCGUCAUCAUCAACUCCCUUGUCGGCCACCUCUUUUCUCCGACCGGUUCCACGCCACCCGCGUCGCAGACGAUCAGCGAGUAUCUGCCGAAACUAACCUCGUGGUUCACCUCCUUGCCAAAAUGUCUGGGCCCAUCCGAGAUUGUGUUUCCUGUUCAGCUCAAACUCCAGUGA